AUGGAUCAAGAAUGUUUGCAUAACUCGCAUGCUGAAUGUUCAAUAGAUAAGAUUUGUGUCUGUGGAGAAAAUUAUUAUGAAUUUAAUGAAACACUUUGCUUGCCGCUGCUUGGUGGAUUUUGUUCCAAUGAUGAAGACUGUCAUCUUGUUGAUAAUUCUUAUUGUCGUGAUAGAGAAUGUCAUUGCAAAUUUCACUAUGAAUCGCUUUUAAAUGAUCAAUGCCAAGCAUCUUGUAAAUAUGAUGAUGAUUGUGAUAAAAUAGAAAAUUCAAAAUGUUCGAAGGAUAAAAAAUGUGUUUGCCAGGCAAAUCACUCAGUUUUUGGUGGAAACCAGUGUUUAGCUCAUGUUGGACAAUUUUGUAUCAACAAUGAUAACUGUGUUUCUAAACCAGUUACUGUUUGUAUUAAUAAUAAAUGUCAAUGCAUUGAUAAAUUUGUUUCACUUCAGUCUAAAGAUAAUUGUGUUCCAAGUAAUUAA